UUCAUAUUGCCUGUUUACUCGGGAAAACAAAAAAAAAAAGGAGCACUGCCCUAUAUAUAUCGCUUCUUCCAUUCCGUCGCGGGCAAUAUGUUUACAAGAUCAUCACAAUUCUGCGACACUCCUUCGGUCUACACCUUAUUGUCUCUACAGCUGGGCUGUUAGUCUUCAUUCAUUCUACUUUUUAGGUAGUUCCGCUACCUGUCCACUCCCUAGCGAUUCAUUAACAACACUCCCUUGCCAUACAUUGCGCUCUACUUCAUUCUACAAGCGCCAUGCGUGCCUAUACUUUCCUCUUGACGGCUUUUGGCCUUACGGCGCAGCUCAGUACUGCAACCUAUACCUUGCUGGAUGACUAUACCAGCUCGGCAUUCUUUGACCGCUUUACGUUCUUCACUGAAACAGAUCCUACUCAUGGCUUCGUCAGCUAUGUCGACCAAUCCACCGCCCAGACUGAUGGCUUGAUCUCAACUAACGCAGACGGAUCAGUCUACAUGGGUGUGGACUAUACCAACGUGGCCAGCAGCGGCCGAGAGAGCGUGCGCAUCACGAGCGACAGCGAGUAUACCCACGGGCUGUUUAUUUUGGAUCUGGCGCACAUGCCCGGUGGAAUUUGCGGCACCUGGCCAGCAUUCUGGCUUCUCGGCUCCAACUGGCCUAACAAUGGCGAGAUCGACAUCAUCGAAGGCGUCAAUCAGCAGACCAACGACUUGAUGACCCUCCAUACCAGCGACGGCUGCAGCAUCGACAACUCCGGCUUCACUGGCACGCUGACAACCAGCAACUGCUACGUUGAUGCGGCGGGCCAAUCCAGCAAUGCGGGCUGUAGCAUCACCUCCCCAAGCUCCCAGUCCUACGGAACCUCCUUCAACUCGCUCGGUGGUGGUGUCUAUGCCACGGAGUGGACAAGCUCCGCUAUCAACAUCUGGUUUUUCCCCCGCGGCAGCAUCCCUGCCGAUGUCACCGCUGGCGUCCCCACCCCGGCCACCUGGGGAACCCCGGCCGCCAGCUUCGCGGGCUCUUGUGAUAUCGACUCGCAUUUCGACGCCAUGCAGAUUGUCUUCGACACCACCUUCUGUGGCGACUGGGCCGGCAAUGUGUGGAGCUCAGGCUCGUGCGCCUCCUACGCCAGCUCCUGCACCGACUACGUGGCGAACAACCCGUCGGCCUUCGAGGACGCAUACUGGACCAUCAACUCGUUGAAGGUCUACCAGGAUGCCAGCAUCAAUGGGGUCCUGAAUGCUACGGCGCCGGGCCGAUGGCCAGGCCUGUCGCAGCACACGCGCGGGCCGGCGUUCAUGAGACGCGGACGCAGGGAAUCUGGAGGAUAUGAAUAUGCGUUCCGCGGGUGAUCGAGCUGAUGGGCGAGGGUCAAUUUGGCUGGUCACUUGAUGGUUUGUUGUGUGUGUGUGUGUGUGUGUGUUAGACUUCACAGAAGAAAGAGGACACUCGCUUGACUUGAUUUCGACACUCCACAUUCGUUCUG